AAUUGCUCAACAGUCAACCACGAAAGUCACCGGGGGAGCAGAAUAAACGGGAACGAAAUAAACCCUUGCAGUUAACUUAAAGGCAACGUUCUGUCAGAAAAAUCGUAACAUCUCAAUUGAAUGUAUCAGCCCAAUAUAUAGAAAACUAUUCAGAAUAAUCUCUCAGCUGAUGGUAAACUAACUAUAGAACUCACUCCGCUUCGCUUUCUAGUUCAAUUUACGAGAAGUUAACGGGGCUGCAGCUGCAACUUCGCCACUCUUUACUUGUAUAUUUGGAAAAUCAUUCAGGGGCCUAUAAAUGCAACGUUGUUUAAUAUAUGAGAAGACAAUGGCACCAGAGACAAGGAACGGACGAAGUUCUACCGUGAAUAACAACAACAGUAAAGACAACAGCAGGAGAAAGUUCCUGGUCGGUGUGGAUCUCUUCUGCUUGUUUUUAGCCGGCCUGCCUUUCCUGAUCAUAGAGACUAGUGCUGUACAGCCCUACCGCCGAGGCUUUUACUGCAACGAUGAGUCCAUCAAGUACCCGGCAAAACACGGAGACACCAUAAGCGAUGCUGUGCUUUCUGCUGCUGGCAUUCUUAUCACCAUCCUUUCUAUCAUCAUUGGUGAGAGCUACAGGAUCUACUACCUGAACGAGGGCUCCAAGUCCUUCGUAGGGAACCCCUACAUCUCCGCCCUCUAUAAGCAGGUGGGCGUGUUCAUCUUCGGCUGCGCGGUCAGCCAAUCGUUCACAGACAUUGCCAAGGUAUCGGUGGGCCGCAUGCGACCCCACUUCCUGGACGUGUGUAAGCCCGACUGGUCCACCAUCAACUGUUCUUUGGGCUACAUCACAGACUACCAGUGUAAUGGGCACGAGAGCAAAGUCCAGGAGGCCAGGAAGUCGUUCUUCUCUGGCCAUGCGUCCUUUUCCAUGUACACCAUGCUGUAUUUAGUGUUCUACCUGCAGUCCAGGUUCACCUGGCAUGGAGCCCGUCUUCUGCGCCCCCUGACCCAGUUCACCCUUAUCAUGAUGUCCUUCUACACCGGCCUGUCCCGCGUCUCCGACCACAAGCACCACCCCACUGACGUCCUGGGUGGCUUCGCACAGGGAGCCCUGGUGGCCUACAGCAUAGUGUUUUUAGUUUCUGACCUGUUCAAGCCCAAAGGCAGAAGUUCAGCUCUACCAGCGACCCCAGUAAAGAACCCCAACAACCCCACGGCAGACAUCAGAGAGCGGAGCAACCACCUCACCAUGGCAUAGUAGAGACCACUAGUGUACAGCUACCUUCCGCUCUAGGUUUUAAAGAUCCCUUAUUUCACCUACUGGUCUAUACUGGAUAUGUUAAACAACCAGCGAAAGCAGCAGGACUGACAACUGACAUGUCUACAAGGCACUGAGAAAUAAUGAACUAUGGAGAACUCGCUUUGGAAAGAAGAGGAGAGUUGGAAGCAUUCAGACACACACACACACACAAACAAACAACACACACACGCCGUUUGAACAGCCAGCAACACCCAUGUUUCUCACCAUCUCAUCUGACAUGUGCAUGUGGAAGAGUGUAGGGAGAGAAUUCCUAUUUUGCUUUAAUUACCCAAGGUCUCUAUAUCAAACCUGGUGCUUUGCAGAUUAACUUUAUCUGGAUCUGCAGACAAGGUCGUUUCACAGACAGAAGGAAGGAGAGAAGGAAAGGAACAGCCGUGGAACGUGAUAAUGUCUGCUUGGCUUCGGGCACCAUGGAGACUGGCUAAUAAUACCAUCACACACAUACUGUGUGCCUACGAGACACAAACUCAUGAACAGAAACAAAUUCCUUGAUUACAGGAAGGAUGUUUUUUAUUUGAUAAAUAACUUUCAUUAUAAGUUUGAGCUAUAGCACUAUAUCCAAACUCAAUAUUUGAUUUAAUUGUCACCACUUGAAUGAACUGAAGUGAAGCUUUUCUGUAAAGCUUUGUAUUAAAACCAGCUUUUAGGUCUCCUGAA